UUCUUUUGCUUCAGACCCUUCACUCUUUCAAGAAGAAAUAUAAAACCAUGACGAUCUUUAACUGGGUGCAUAAAAAGCUGCACCACAAUGUCAUCAAAGACGGUGCGACGAAAAGCGAGAAGAAGAAGAGAAGUGAAGGAAUAAGUGAGAUAGAGAAGAAUACAAAAGCUAUAUUUGAUCAGGUUGGGUUAGUGGAUGCUCUUGAUAACUGGUUCGAUGGAGUUCUCACCAUCGGCACAUUCGGUUUCGACAAUUUGAAGUUUCAAGCAGAAGACGAAAGAGAUGAUGAUGAUGAUGAUGAUGACUGUGAAAGUGUGGGUCUCGACUAUGUCGUCAUCGAUGGUAGCAUCAUCAAGAACGUCAACCAAGAGUCGGAUCCUCUUAUCUCCAAUGAAAAUAAGUUUUAUGAUCAUCAUGAGGAUUUAGGGGCAUUGGAGGCUAAUCACUUUGACUCGGUCAAAACCGUUGAAAAGGCGGUGGUCGUGUCCACAGUGGAGUCCGAGAUGGCGCCGGAGAAGAAGAGGACAACACUAGCCGAGCUUUUCAUGGAGGACCUAGACGAAGUCGAUGAUAUGUGGCAUGGCAAGAAGACACCGAAGAACCCUAAUCUUGAUGUUGAUGGUCAGGAAGUUAAAUAUUAUAAACAAAACGGGUGGAAGCUAACUAGUAGGUUCUCGUUUGCUAAGAAGAAGAUGGUCACGUCAAAGUCCAAAGAUAAAGAAGGUGACUCGCGUCCAAUCAAGAAAGUGCAUCAGAUGAUAAAGAGGAUGUUAAAGAAGAAGAUCCAUCCAGAUAUCGAUGCUACUAAGGGUUUUAAAAAGGACGUUCCAUACAAGCCAACCCCAAACUGUGAAGCUCUCGAUUCACUUUAUCUUCUUAACAUUCAAGAUUGCGUGGCCUAAGAACGACGUCGGACAAGAGCUAUUAUUGGAUGUAUGCUUUUCAUAUUAUAUGCGAUUUCAGUUUUUUUUUUUGUUAUUUGGGAUGUGUUAAGAUGUAUUGUUUUCUUACUACAAACAAUAUUUACGGAGUUGUUACUAUUUGUUCCUGUUUUAUGCAUACUUUCAUUUUAUUAUUAUGUGAUGUCACCUAUUUGUUCCCG